CGGGGCCGAGCAGGAGCUGGAGUCUGAGCCGGCGGUUACAGUGGAGGCGGUGAUGUCGGUGCAGGUCGUGUCAGCAGCGGCUGCCGCGAAGGUGCCUGAGGUGGAGCUGAAGGACCUGAGCCCCUCCGAGGCGGAGCCGCAGCUGGGACUGAGCACGGCAGCCGUGAGCGCCAUGGCCCCCCCAGCGGGCGGCGGGGACCCUGAAGCUCCAGCUCCCGCGGCGGAGCGCCCCCCGGCCCCUGGCCCGGGAUCGGGGCCCGCUGCGGCUCUCAGCCCCGCCGCUGGGAAAGUGCCUCAGGCGUCGGCCAUGAAGCGGAGCGACCCUCAUCACCAGCAUCAGAGGCACCGGGACGGCGGCGAGGCCCUGGUCAGCCCCGACGGCACCGUCACCGAGGCGCCGCGCACGGUCAAGAAGCAGAUCCAAUUUGCUGACCAGAAGCAAGAAUUCAACAAACGUCCCACCAAAAUUGGACGUCGCUCUCUGUCUCGCUCCAUUUCUCAGUCAUCUACUGACAGCUAUAGCUCAGCUGCUUCAUAUACAGAUAGCUCUGAUGAUGAGACAUCUCCCAGGGACAAGCAGCAAAAGAACUCUAAGGGAAGCAGUGACUUCUGUGUCAAGAACAUCAAACAGGCGGAGUUUGGACGAAGAGAAAUUGAAAUUGCUGAACAAGAAAUGCCGGCACUGAUGGCUUUGAGGAAGAGAGCUCAAGGAGAGAAACCUUUGGCCGGAGCCAAAAUUGUGGGUUGCACACACAUCACUGCUCAGACUGCUGUGCUUAUGGAAACUCUGGGCGCUCUGGGGGCACAGUGCCGAUGGGCUGCCUGCAAUAUCUAUUCCACUCUCAAUGAAGUGGCUGCUGCUCUAGCAGAAAAUGGAUUUCCUGUGUUUGCCUGGAAAGGAGAGUCAGAAGAUGACUUCUGGUGGUGCAUUGAUAGAUGUGUGAACGUGGAGGGCUGGCAGCCAAACAUGAUCUUGGAUGAUGGAGGGGAUCUUACUCACUGGAUUUAUAAGAAGUAUCCCAACAUGUUUAAGAAAAUCAAGGGCAUAGUGGAAGAGAGUGUUACUGGAGUCCACAGGCUGUACCAGCUAUCCAAAGCUGGGAAGCUAUGUGUUCCAGCCAUGAAUGUCAAUGACUCAGUCACCAAACAGAAAUUUGACAACCUCUACUGUUGCCGUGAAUCAAUUCUUGAUGGACUUAAAAGAACAACAGACAUGAUGUUUGGUGGGAAGCAGGUGGUGGUCUGUGGCUAUGGAGAGGUGGGGAAGGGGUGCUGUGCUGCCUUAAAAGCUAUGGGCUCCAUUGUGUAUGUAACUGAGAUUGACCCCAUCUGUGCUCUUCAAGCCUGUAUGGAUGGAUUUCGACUGGUGAAAUUAAAUGAGGUCAUCCGACAAGUGGAUAUUAUUAUUACCUGUACAGGUAACAAGAAUGUGGUAACCAGAGAGCACUUAGACCGUAUGAAGAAUAGCUGCAUCGUUUGUAACAUGGGACAUUCCAACACAGAGAUUGACGUGGCGAGUCUUCGGACACCAGAACUGACCUGGGAGCGAGUGAGAUCCCAAGUUGACCAUGUAAUAUGGCCUGAUGGCAAGAGGAUAGUGUUGCUGGCAGAGGGCCGUCUGCUGAACCUAAGCUGCUCCACAGUGCCUACAUUUGUGCUCUCGAUCACCGCAACUACUCAGGCUCUUGCCUUGAUAGAACUCUACAAUGCUCCUGAGGGUCGCUAUAAGCAGGAUGUCUACCUGUUGCCCAAGAAAAUGGAUGAGUAUGUGGCCAGCCUACACCUGCCCACCUUUGAUGCCCACCUGACCGAGCUGACAGAUGAACAGGCCAAGUAUCUGGGGCUCAACAAGAAUGGGCCCUUCAAGCCCAAUUACUACAGGUGCCUUGGACUCCCCAUAAAAUAAGGAAGCCUGAGUAGUGAUGAGCUUCCUGCACUGGAAUUGGUCUUUUCAUCCAUCACCAUAUUUACAUGAACUCAGGAAAAUAAACCCACUCCCCCUCACUACCACCCCCAAAGGAUUCUUUGAGGCCUUCUCCAGACAUUAAAUAGUGUUCCCUUUCCUGAAUUUGCCACUUCAUCUUCUUGAUAUGAUGUUUACCCCUGUAUGGAGAAAAACUGGCCUUCUUCAUUGAUGUGAAAAAGCACCACGUUUAUCUACCCUCACCAUACACUGCAGAAAAGUCCCGGCCUCCCCGUUAUACCUUUAGGCAGGCUC